AUAAACAAGCAGUCCUCUGAAUACGCGCUGCUGUUUUGCUAGUAGUUGAAGCUUCGGUGUAUUUUUUAAAAACAAUUUAUAAAGUUUAAGUCGCUAUGAAUUUUUUGUUUUAACGUUAAAGGUACACUUUAGUGAAGAGCCGCAUUUUGUUUGGUUACUUCUCGAGGGAAAACUAUGUCGGACGUUUUGUCUGACGACGGCAGCAUCAACCAAGAUGACAGCCAGGAGGAUGUUAUGACUCCGGCCGAGCUGAUCGCUAAACUGGAAGAAGCUUGGCUGAACGAGAAGUUCAGCCCGGAGCUGCUGGAGAGCAAGUCCGAGGUGGUGGAGUGUGUUAUGGAGCAGCUGACUCACAUGGAAUCCAACCUGCAGCGGGUGAAGAAAGGUGAUGCGAAGGCCAGCGUCCAUCGCAUGGAAAUAGACAGGAUCCGCUUUGUUCUCAGCAGCUACCUGCGCUCUCGUCUGCAGAAGAUUGAAAAGUUUUUUCCACACGUCUUGGAGAAAGAAAAGUCUCGAGGUGAGGGAGAUCCAUCUCUGCUUUCACCUGAGGAGUUUGCCUUUGCCAAAGAGUACUACGCUAACACAGAAACCUACCUGAAGGCUGUAGCACUGAAGCGAAUGCCUCCCAACCUACAGACUGUGGAUCUGCUCAAAGCAGUGCCUGAGCCCUGUUUGGACUCCUUUGUGUUUCUGCGGGUGAAGGAGAGACAAGAAAACAUCUUGGUCGAGCCUGAAACAGACGAUCAGAGAGAGUACGUUGUGGAUCUUGAAGAGGGCUCUCAGCACCUCAUACGGUAUCGAACUGUAGCACCGCUCGUUUCAAGCGGAGCAGUGCAGUUAAUUUGAAUGUAGAGAUCUGUCUGUUGUUGUGGAUGUUUGGGCUCCAUGGGAUUCUAAAAUGAACUUAUUUCUGAGACAUGACUGUAACAAGGAAAGGGCCGUUUAAGCUGCAGAAGUUACACCAGGAAACAUGUCCUCCUUCUUGACUGGUGACUGGAAUAAGGACUAACUUGUGGGAUGCAAAUACUGAGACAUUUGUUUCACCAUUGCCUCGAAAAAUAUAGUUCAGUGGAAAAUAUGAAGAACAAACAGGCCACUUAUAGUGAGCAGUGAAGCCCGCAAAUGAACCCUGUUCACUGAAUUAGCUUUUGCAGUGCUGUCGUGUUAUUUUUGGAUCUUUUUAAUCAUGUCACAACACAACGUUGGUUACAUAAUUGUAAUGUAUUCUGGUGUGUUUGUGCCUGUGCCACCGUCAAACUCGACUCCCUCUAAUAUGCUAAUUCAUCGUUUUUCAUGUUACUAUAUCCAGAUGACUCACAUUAUUGGACGUUGGACGAAGGUGAAAUUUCAUCGGUUCACUUGGCGUCACACUGCCUACAAUUCUGAGGUGCAUGUGUCAGUGCGUUUAUACAUUUGAAGGGAGGCCUUUUCAUUUGAUUGCUAUAAUUUAAUGACAUUCACGCUUAGAUUAAUAAGCACUAAUGUCAUUAUUUAUAGCUUACGUGCACCUCUUCACUACAACUGCCAAAUCCAGGGUUGUUUUUUAUUUGCUUUUCAACGCCCCCAUCUUCACAAGUUUCUUGUGACCGUGUUUUUAACCCUACGAGGAUGUGUGGAACAUUGUCUUCUCUGAGUUGUAAUUGUUGUAAUAGCAUUGUUAUGUAAGAGUUUCAGAUGGAGCAGUCAGUGCUUAAUAUUUGCCCUCAAAAAUCCCACAGUAAUUGGAGAUAAUAAAGGAUUGAGAAAGAGUGGGUUUGGCAAAACUGA